GUGCAAUUAAUACACAGGCAAUAUUUUCACACUCGUUUCACCAUCUUAUAUAAUUGCUAUAUUUCUUUAAUCUACAUUCGUGCUUCCUUUCCAAGUUGGAUGGCAUAGCCGAAGCUAUAAGAAGAUAUGCAGAUUUUUGUAAAGACACUUACAGGGAAGACCAUCACCCUUGAGGUAGAAGGAUCUGAUACUAUUGAAAAUGUCAAGGCUAAGAUUCAAGAUAAAGAGGGAAUUCCACCUGACCAACAACGAUUGAUUUUUGCUGGCAAACAAUUAGAAGAUGGCAGAACUUUGUCAGAUUACAAUAUUCAGAAAGAAUCUACUUUGCAUUUGGUUUUGCGUUUACGAGGUGGAGCGAAAAAACGUAAGAAGAAGAAUUACUCAACGCCGAAAAAAAUCAAGCACAAGAAGAAGAAGGUCAAACUUGCUGUGUUAAAAUUUUACAAGGUCGAUGAAAAUGGAAAAAUCCAUCGACUAAGACGAGAAUGUCCUAUGGAACAAUGUGGCGCUGGUGUUUUCAUGGCGGCCAUGGAAGACCGUCAUUAUUGUGGUAAAUGUGGGUACACGCUUGUAUUUAAUAAACCAGAAGAUAAAUAAAUGAGAAAUAUGUACGCAGUUUAUUUGAUUAAAGAAUCUUCUUAAAUACUUGACAAA